GACUCGACUCAGACUGCACUGAGCCUCCCUCUACUUAGCUGUCAUCAGUUCAGAGAGGUUAUCUGCCAUGAUGAUGCCUGGAGGCUUAUCUGACACCAAGCCUGCUACUCCGGAAGUCCAGCAUAUUGCUGACCAGGUGAAGCCACAACUUGAAGGCAGGGUGAACAGGACAUUUGAUCUCUUCAAAGCCAUAGUGUACAGGACUCAGGUGGUUGCUGGGCUCAACUACUUCAUUAAGACUUUCCCACUCAUCUAA